AUGCAAUCUCAAAGGAUCUAAGAAGUAAAAAACUAAGGAAACUGGAAUAAAUACUUCCCUAAUCCUAAAUAAGAAGUUAUUAUUAGUAAAUAACAUAGGGAGAGCUCCAAAUAAAAAAAUAGUAAUAAUGCAUUAUAAUAUGAAAAUCGAAUGAAAUAAGUUUAAAAUAGCUAAGAUUUGUAGGGAGAUUAUUUUUAUGCUGAAAUCAAUCAAAUGAUCAUUCCAAUUCCAUAAUUUAUUAGCAUUGCAACAAAAAUUAAGCUAAAUGAAGUCAUUUAAGAUAUUUAAUAAGAAAUGGAUAAAGAAUUAAGCUCACUUAGAUUGAAAUAAUAAAUAUUAGCCAUGUUGCAUAAAAAUUUUGUUAAUAGGAAUUAAGAACUAUUUUAAAGAUUCAACAGUCAGCCAAAUAACGAAAUUGGAGAAUUAUAGAACAUAUAACAACCAAAAAUUUAGAUUUAAUCAACAGAAAAGAUUUAAGAUAAUCAAAUAGGAAAAAAAAAUAAACAAAAAACACCAGCAAAUUAAGAAGUUAAUUCAAACCCUUCUUUAAAAAACCAUAUUGAAAAAGAAGACAAAUUAUUUUAAUAAAAUCUAAAAGUAAAAGAAAUGAUUGAUGAUAACAAAUCAUACAAAUCAAAUAACACAUUCAAAUCUGAAAAAGUAUUUAAAGAAAGCUUAAUUUAAAGAUAUUAAGUUAUUAAUAGCGAUAUUUUUUCAGCUCCAAAAGCUAAUGAUUUUAAAAAAUUUGUUAACAACAUAUUUGUUUUAAAUAUGAAGUCUAGCAAUUAGUUGUAUAAUGAUAUACAAUAAUAAAUAAAUAAGCAAAAUAAUAGGAAAAGCAAAAACUUAUUUUGUUAAGUUGACUACAUGUAUGAUGCCAAAUUUAUAGAAGAAACCUUAAAUAGUAUUUAUUAAUUUGGAGUGGAUACAUGCACUCUCUAGAAAAAAUAAAACUAAGUAACGAUGUCUGAAACAAUAAACAUUAAAUUUAAGGAAAGAACUAUUUUGAAAACUAUCACAUACUCGAUUUUGUAUCAUAAUCUUUGCAAAUAGGCUCCAAAUUAAGCUAAAGAGUACAUCUACACUUUUUUAUGCCAUCUCAAUCCAAAUUCAAAAGGUUUUGAAUAGGAAAAUUAUAUUCUGAGAUAAUUAUACCUACAUUUCUUGUAAAUAAUAAUAAAUAGUUCUGAUCAUAGUGAAACAAUUGCCCAAUUUUUAGAUAGUAUUUUUAAAUAUGAGUUUCUUUCUUCUUUAAUGUGUGAUCAUCUUUUAUUUUCUGCUUAAAAAAUUCUUAAAAUAUAAAAUAAGAUCAAUCAAAAUAAUGAUCUAAAUAAUAUUAUAGAAUAACUUUCAAAAGCAAAUGAAUUUGAUUUGUAUCUACUAUGCAAUAAACUGUCUGAUAAUAAAAAAUACUCCUAUGCUAAACAUGAAUCUCGCGAAAUAUUUAUCAUUUUCGAGCAAUCUAUGUAAUAGCAUCAAAGUUAUCCAGUGUAUUAUGUCAUAAAUCCCAGUGAUUCAUUUAUUUGUUAAGCAAGAAAUAUUUGA